UAAUCCACUUUCUUAAUUCACAAACUUAAAACACAUUUUCUCUCUUCAACUUAUAAACUUUUCUUCUUCAACAACAACAACAACAAUAUUAGGGUUUCAUCAAUAGUUAUAAGUUUUACUUAAACAAGUUUUGUUUUUGUUUAGUAAAAAAAGGUUGUGUAAGGUAGGUAGGUGUAUUAGGGUUUGUUCUAUUGGUCUUUUAGGGUUUUUUAAUGGAAGAAAGAAAUGAUAAAGAGAAAAAUAUGGAUGAAGUGAUGCUUCCAGGGUUUAGGUUUCAUCCAACUGAUGAAGAAUUAGUAGGGUUUUAUCUAAGGAGGAAAGUUCAACAAAAACCAAUAUCUAUUGAACUUAUCAAGCAACUUGAUAUCUAUAAAUAUGAUCCAUGGGAUCUACCAACAGAGUUGGCAGCAGUGGGAGAAAAAGAAUGGUAUUUUUAUUGUCCAAGGGAUAGAAAAUAUAGAAAUAGUGCAAGACCAAAUAGAGUAACUGGAGCUGGUUUUUGGAAAGCAACAGGUACUGAUAGGCCAAUUUAUUCAUCUGAAGGAUCAAAAUGUAUUGGAUUGAAAAAAUCACUUGUUUUCUACAAAGGAAGAGCUGCAAAAGGGAUUAAAACUGAUUGGAUGAUGCAUGAGUUUAGAUUGCCUUCUAUUACUGACUCAAAUGCACCAAAAAGAUUCUUGGACAAACAUAUACCUCCUAAUGACUCAUGGGCAAUAUGCAGGAUUUUCAAGAAAGCAAACUCCAAUGCACAUAGAGCUCUUUCUCAUUCUUGGGUAUCACCACCACAAUUACUACCUCAAAAUAACACAACAUCUCAUGAUUUUCUAACAAGUAGCCAUUUUACUAAUAAUUCAAAUGAAAUGUCAUCAUUUAUACACAAAACAACCAGUACUACUUCACCUAUCCAAUUUAAUGACUUAUUACAAAACUCAUCCAACAAUAAUAUGUCUAGUACCUUCACCACACUAGAUCUCCCUCUUUACAAAACCCUUAACUCAUUGUCAAACCACAAUAAUGACCCUAUCACAAGUUACACAUUUUCUUCAUCAUGUGUUGACAAUAUGAACAAUAUUGAUGCUUCUUCUUUGCUUCUAAACAUGUCAUCUUCUAUAUUUGGAGAUUAUUCCAUCGCGUUACCGGAGAAUAUAGAAGGUGGUGGUGGUGGUGGUGUUCAUGAUGAUACAACUACAACAACAUUGAAGGAAGCUAAUAAUGUUAUAAUCAACAACAUGGAACAUAUGGAGGAAUUACAAUGGGGAAAUGUUGUUAGGUCUAAUAAUAUUGGGUUGAUGAAUAAUUUUCCAUUGAAUAUGGCUGCUGAUGCAUGGAAGACAAAUUUGCUUUGGGAUUCUUCAUCACCUUGUCCUAGUAGUGAAAUGUCUACAAGCUAUUCUACUAACAAAUGUUACACUUGAAAAGUAACAUGACCUACUACUAAUUUUUAGUCAUGUUGUGUUUUUUUAGUUUCAACAAGUUAGCCUUUUUUGUUUUCUUUCUUUUGGAUUUUUGUUUUUGUGUACUUUUUAGUUUGGACUUAGUUUUUAGUUUUGGAUUAGUGUUGUAAAAACUCUCUAAUGUAGGUUUUUCAAUUGAUUCAUGACUAAUCAAAUCAUUUGUAUUUCCUCUAAAGGUUUUGGCCUUAGAUUAAAUCCAAGAACAUUAAUUUUCAUGUUCUAUACUAGAAGUUGUAAAAUUAGCUUGUGAAAACAUGAUAUAUCCUACUCAUAAUUGAUUCGUUUA